AUGGUGACGUUGCUGCAGUUUGCCAGCAAGCUGCAAAGGCUUCGCCGACGCCGACAUGCCACCAGUCGACACUAUCUGGUACCCCAAUCCCACUGUCCAGGUCCCUGUGUUUGUCUAGAGUUCCCAUCUGCCUCGGUUGGUGCCGUUGCUGGCGAGCCCGACGACGGCAGCUCUUCUUGCGACAGUUUCGGUAUGCGCCGGGAGAGUAGACACCGAGGCUGGCCGAAGACACAUGAGUCUGGACCACCUGGUCAAGCUUUGUCGCCGGGUCGUUCAAAGUUUGUCAGCUCUGCAUUUGCUGCCAGCCAACGAAAUGCGUUGAGAAACCGUCUGACAGUCGGCGGCCUGGCGUCUGUACCGGCUGCCUCUCUUGGAGCAGCUUUGGCGGCGACCAUCACCUCGGAGACGGUCAAUUACACUUCGAGCAGUGAGCAAUCCUGUGAUACAGUCAUCUACUUGGGCAGGCACAGACUGCCCGAGGACAUAGACACCGACAAUGAAGGUCCACCCGAGCCGCUCUGCUCGAAGCUGAAGCGAAUUGACCAGUUGACAGCUGAUUCAGACUCAGUGGGUUCGAGCAUACACACACGCAUGCACACACAUACACACAUGCACACAUGCAGACUCAAGUUGCGUAAAGUAGUUGCUAAUGGAUACCCCCAUCUUGCAUAG